UAUAGAAAAUUAUUCUCCAACCCUUGCAUGAAAACAUUGAUUAAGUACCCUACUUACUUAUGUAAGAAUAAGAAUAAAUGUUAUUAUCAAUAAAACACAUAACAGAAUAUUUCAGGGUAAAAAGUAAUGUUUAGUUUACAUAAAAUAUACGUACAUAGUGAACAUUAAAUAAUAAGAAUCAUAUUUCAAUUUCAAUUUUCCAAUAGGAAUUUAGUUUCCAGCCACGUUUUCCUUUAUUUUAUCUGUCUCUAUUUUUCCUGUAGCAAUUUUUUAAACAAUUACAUUAUUACAAAAAACCAUCCAGCAGGAAUCCUUAUUCAAAACGAAGCUUUUCACCAACAUGAAACAUCGCACGUCAAACUCGAAGGGAACCAUAAAAGUUGCAUAGUAGGGUACGAAUAUUGAUCAAGGGUUGGUCUGUGUGUUAGUGCGCACCCCUCGCUGCGCGCUAGUGUGUGUGACCCUCGCCCGUGUGCCGGCCAUCGCGCCCCGAGAUAACUCACAAAAUUUAUAAACACUAAAUACACGAAUAGUCUAACAAAGAGUAAACACUCGCGUGAAAAAGGGAUUAUUCGUAAUGGAAAGUAGAGACCGCGACAAAAUUGUAGACAGAAAACGUGCCCGUCUUUAUAAAAAUCAAUAAAUCACGUAGCGAAUCCUCCAAUAAAAUAUAACGUCCGCGUGGAGUGCAUUACAGUGCUGCUUGCAUUUCAGUGAUCUAAAGAUCUACCGAUGUUCAAUCACAAGCUACCGACUGACUUUCCAAUGCAAACCCUUCGUAAGAAAACCAGCCCUUGCAAAUACAAGAACGAGCCGGGCCGUUUCCUGGGCGAGGGGGUGUCGUUCCGGGCGAAGCUGAUCGGAGUGUUGGAAGUGCCGGAGGCGCGGGGGGACAGGAUGUGCCAGGAGGCGCUGGCGGACUUGAAGAUGGCGAUCCGGGCGGCGGGCGAGCACAAACAGCGGAUACAGGUGCAUGUCGCCAUUGACGGCCUGAGGCUGCGGGAUGACAAGACUGGCGACUCGCUGUACCACCAUCCGGUGCACAAGAUCUCCUUCAUCGCCCAGGACAUGACGGACUCGCGCGCGUUCGGUUACAUAUUCGGCGCUCCUGAUACUGGCCACCGAUUCUUCGGCAUUAAGACUGAUAAAGCUGCUAGUCAAGUAGUCAUAGCAAUGCGUGACCUGUUCCAAGUGGUAUUCGAGCUGAAGAAGAAAGAGAUAGAGUUAGCGAAACAGCAGCUCGAAGGGAAAUCCGUCACCAGCAGUCUAGUGAGACACACCUCCACCAUCACCGAUGUUAAAUCUAAGAAUAUCACAACAAUCGGCGAGACGAGCACAUCGACUCCAAAAAGCCAAGACACAGCCGAAGGAGGCGUCGCAGAAUUAGUAGAUUUGGAGCAAGAGCUCAGCUCUUUGAGGAGAGGAUUGACGCAGGUUGAGGGCCUGACGCCGUCUACGGAUCCUUUCGGGGACUCGUUUAUAGUGCCGUCACAGAAAGGUCUUCUGCCGCCGCCCCCCGGAGUCAGUACUACAGCGCGAUCACGCUCCUCAGCAUCCUCGUCCGCCUCCGCCUCCGCUACCGCUUCCGCUACUCCGUCAGCGACCGCUUCCGCGCCGCGCACCGUAUUCAGUCCCAAUAAGACGCAACUGCCUUUCGAUCUACCACCGGAGUUGGAGCCGCCGGUGCCGCAACGGGUCGAGCCUGAAGCUCCGGAGCUCAAAAAUCCGCCAAAGAAAGUGCUCAAAGACCUCGUUCCGACCACUCAAUCUCUCCUAACUGAGAUGUCAGAAAAAGAGUACGGUCAAAAGACUAUGACGUCAUUAACUCGGCAUUCUGGUGGCACAGUUUCUAUCGGACGACCGUUGUAUUCCGCCGGGAAUUUUUUCGCGCAAAUCGAUCCGUUCGAGGAGACAGAUCCGUUUGACAGCACUGAUCCUUUUUCGGACUCGUUUAAGGAGGAUCCAUUUACGAGUAUGCAGGAGUUUCCUAAGCAGAGGCGGAACAAGAAUUCGAUCACGAUGCGAGAGGAGUACGGUCGGAAGCUUGAUAGAGCGGAGUUGCAAUCGCAGCAAACGCAAUUGCAAUCGCAGUCGCAGCCGCAAACGCAGUCGCAAGUACAAACGGAGGUGAAGAAUGUGUUCAAUGGGCCGCUGCAGGUCACGCUGCCACCUGAACCCAUUCCUAAGUCUCCUAGGCUACAAAGACAGAACACCGACACAAGCACAAUCCGGCAGCGUCCCCAGCCCAGUUCGAAACUAAACGCAGACAGCGCGUCCCCCCCGCCCCCCCUGCCUCCGAAGAAGGUCGGCGAGCUCGGCGCGGCGCGCCCGCCGCCGCGGCCCCCGCAGCUCGAGGACGAGGGCCCGCCGCUGCCGCGCCCGGCUAGGAAGAGGGAACCUCUGGCGGACCGCAGCAUGAAGCCGCGUCUAUCAUCAGCAGCCACAACUAGUAGCGAGGACGAGUAUCUGUCGCCCGCGCCGCCUCCCCUGCCUGCCGCACGUCGGUUCGACAUCACCCUCAGUCAGCUACUCACUUGCAGUAUGGAAGAGCUAGCUCACAGGUUAAGAGUUCCAGCGGCGACGUUGUCGUCCAUGACCCUACCUCAACUCACGGAUUACCUCCGGUCCUACCUCGCUGCUGACAAUGAUAGAGCGCAUAUCCACAUAGAACCUUCACAAUCAGAUAAAGACAAAGAAAGACCUCCGCUUUCCAUAGCGAUGUCGACCACAAUAUCCGACAAACCCCCUCCAACGACCUCAUCAGUUACAUCCAUAGCGUCCGAGUUCAAGCCGCAGUUCGAAGACAACUUCGCUCCUACAGAAACGGGCGAAUUCGUCGCGAACUUCGACGAUUUCGACAAGAAAGCGAACCCUAGCUACGACCGAUAUGCCGCUUUUAGAGAAAUACAAGAACAAGAACUGCAAGCUAAAUCCAUAUUAGAUCCUAUUGACGAUAAUAACGCCGAAGAAGCUAAACAGGACUCUGAUGAAAAAGAAGAAUUAGCAGCAAUAAACGAUAUAAUGAUAGCCAAUCAAGAAGAAGUGAAGGAAAACAAUCGUAGCCCCCUGAAAACGCUAGACGAACUAACGUUAGAUUCUUUCAAUAUGUUCAGACAAUCCGUCAGUCCAAAACCGACUCAAAUCGACGCGAAAAUCGAAGACAUAAAAUCAGUUAUGAAGAAUUUGCAAUUGGAACAGUCCAGAAGAUCAGUAUCGCCUAGAGACAAUAACACAGAAGUAAAAGUUGAAGAUAAUAACGAUAGAUAUGCGGCGUUACGUGAAAUAACUAUAACAGAGCCCCAAGACGAAUUUGAGUCAUUACCACCCGAAGCGCCUAAAGAGCGAAAGCGAUCUGAUGAGAAAUCAGAUGGAUUCGAUAACAGUGACUUCUUCGACUGUAUUGACAACAGCAGUCUGUCCUUUUCGCACGUGGAGGAAGCGUUCAGGAAGAGUCCAGUGGUGAAAGAGAAGGAAGAGGUGAAAGAGAAGCCGGUAGAGCUGGCGCCUGUGAGGGAUCUGCAGCCGCCUCAGAGGCUGUCUACGGGGUCGAUUAGCGAUGUGGCUAGCGGGUCUUCCCCGGAUACUAAAGUGCAAACGUCGUCAUCGUCGCGUGACGUGUCUCCGUGGGACGAGGAGCCCCCUCCGAGCCGCCUGCAGCGGCCUCCGCAUCGCGACAGGGAAUCUAGGCACAACUCAUCGCAAGGCUCAAGAGAAUGCCUAGACUCCGGCAGCGGGCGAGAGAAGGACAAAAUACGAGACAAAAGAGACAGCCGCGACAGAGACAGAGAUCUCAGCAGAGAGGGACGGGAGUCUCGAAGGGAUUCGGGCAGCGGUCGGGAUCGCCGUGACGUUAGCAAAGAUCGUGACCAUAGAGACCAUAGAGAUCGGCAUCGGAGGAGUAGAGAUAGGGAAAACGAUACGUGGGACAGAGACAGAACGUAUAGCAGAGAGAGAGAGCGAGACAGGACGUAUAGCAGAGAACGGCCGAAGGAUUACAGGGAUAAAGAAAGGGACAGACAUAGGAAGCCGCGGCAUUCGUAUGAUGAGGAGGAAGAUUACAGCGACGGUUGCGGGUCUGGCAGGUCGUCUCCCAGGGGCUGGGGCUCCGACCAGCGGUGGCGAAGCAACGAACGAAAUUAUGGCUCAUUGGGGUGGCGUGAGUCCAGGCGGCGGAAUGAAGGCAGGCAGGUUGACGAACUUAGCGAACGAAGGUACGGAUCGACGCUCGGCUGGCCGUCGCGUCGCUCCAAUAACAGUUCCUCCCGCCGCGAUUCCGAUCGCGACACACGCGACCCCCGUGACCCCCGCGAGCGCGACCCCCGCGACCCCCGCGACCCUCGCGAACCCCGCCGCCGCUCAAGGCGCGAAGAUCCUCGCCAACGGCGUGACUAUCGGUUCUCGAACGACUUCUCGCCGCGGGAGCGGACGAGUCCGUUCGACAAUGACUUCGCGGAGCCCCCGCCCGCGAGGAAGAAGGCGCCUUAUGCAAAUCUGGAAGGAACGAGGUUCGCCUUCGAGUCGGAAGAGAUCACCGCAUCCCCCCUGUCGACGAGCAGCGCGCGGCACGAGGAGCCGGCGUCGCGCUUCCGCUUCGACUCGGACUCGGUGUCGCCGCGCUCCAUGUUCGAGGACGACUUCACGCUGGCCGCGCCGCGCGCCCGCACCGCCUCCAUCGCCGAGGAGGACGAGGACGUGCCUCCGUUACGGCCCAAGCCCCAACCGACGCACAGGGACAUAAAAAAAUCGGAAUCCGUCAAUAUCUUCUCGCGCGAGUCCGACCCGUUCGAGAGCGACGACUUCUUCGCCUGCACCGGCUCCGCCCGCGCCGCGCGCCGCGAGAACUGGCCCGGCGACUUCCAGGGGUUCAAUGCGUGAGGCCGAGUCCGCUUCGUCGCGGGACCGUACACAGAGUAGGCCACUCUGGGAGGACGGCUUGUAUGUCUAUGGUGUGACAGACGACGUAGUCUUGCUACGCUUUAACGUGUGGCUAUAGAGUGUGACGGAUCCGACCGCGCUGCGCGCCGCGGGAACUGGCCCAAUGACUUCCAGGGAUUUAAAGCGUGAGGCCGAGUACUUGUUUCUAAGGCUAACUAGUCGGACGAUUUGUCUAUGGUGUGACAUAUAGCGUUACUGAAGUGAAGACUUGUUAUUCAAGACAGGUGUUACGGACACCCGUCUGGACCCGGUGGCCUAGGGGACUUCCAAGGAUUCAACGCGUGAGACUGGGUUGGCUUCGUUGUAUGACCGCAGAAUAGUGAACUCAGAGUACAGCCUAUAUAUCUAUGGUGGACGUUUUUGAAGAAUAGUGCUCCGCUCCGUCCUGUGGACUCGGGGAGUGCAGCCUAUACGCCUACUCAAGUGACCAUGGACGAAAUACUGGUCUUGCACAACCCUACGGUCACCAUACACAGCUGAAUUCAGAGCUUUAUUGUCUAUUAUUAUUGUGUACUAACAGAAUUCCUGUAUCAUAGAAAAUUGGAUCUGAAAUAGGUCAGUUUCAUGGGGCAGAUUUAUGUGACCAUAGGUAUAAGAUCAGUGAAAAUUCGGCUCUGAAUUUAGAUGCGUCUGUGGUGGCUAUUAUAAAUGUGUAUGGUGUGACGAAACAGCGUUUGAGGACCGAAUAGUGAAAAGUCUUGCCAUAUACCUAAGGAUCUCACCUUAAUAGUGUUUUAUGUUUAAAUUAAUCAUAGAUAAUUUGAAUAUAAGAAAUGUGAUCGUACAUCAUCAAUGAUAUUGUAAUCGACAUAUUGUUUCAUAAUUGUGCAAAUAGAAACACCAAUUCCAAGCUUUUCUACAAUAAUAUUUUGAAACAGGAAUCGAAGGCUAAAACACCGUAUCUCUUAUAUUCAAAUAUCUAUGAAAUUUCCCUACAAUGUUUCAUCCUUAAAUAGUGAGAAGCGUUACUUCUCCGUCUGAAUUAGGCCUUAGUGUAAGUACUAUUUAUACCUAACUAUAAAUUAUAGGCUAUGCACCCAUUGACCAUUUGUCAUCCUAGUAAUAUUAGGGGAAUUUCAAAAGAGUGACCGAAAUCUCCCUCGCAAUUUUUUCUUAACUAAUUAUAUUUUCGAUAUAGAUAGAGGGCAAAAGUGUAUUUUUUCAUACGUGUUAUAGAUGUUCGUUUCGUAUGAAUGACGCAUAAAGUAGUGCAAAAUAUUGUAGCCAUACAGCGCCAUCUACAUUAGCACGAUUGACUUUUUUAAUAAACAUUUAACGUUCGUAAAAGUUUCGGAAAUUUCAGGAUUUUCAUUUCACAGGUAACAAAGGAAACUUUAAUUAUGAAAAUGGACAAUUUCGAUUCCCACCCAAAAAUAUGAGAAGAUUUCGAAAUUUUUCCGUGUGGAAUUUUCACAAUUUUGGAAACAUUUCGACGGCACAUCAGUAAAUGCUUACUUUAAUGGAGUAAAAAAAAAUGUUUUUCGAAAAAAACGGGCACUUUUUUGUAAAUCCCCACAAGGCGUGUAGGUAUGGGUUAGAGUGGGCUCAACGUACAUGCCUGACGCAACCUGUGAUAUGUUCAAGCAACGCCCUUCUGCUUUGUUGAUGCUUUCAUAGUGCUGUAGUUACUAUUAGGAACCUGAGUUUCGCAGCGCACAUGGGAUUCCAAUAAGUCAAGACAUUUUCAUCAGUAAAGCACAGUCUACAUAAAAACACUAGGCUGCAAUUUAAUGAUGGAAAUGCUUGUCAAGUACGCGAAAACUAAGCAUAACGUCAAAAGAUUCUAAGGCGGUCUAUUCACUGGCGGUGCACCCGAUAUUGGCACCAGUUAUUUAUUUAUUCGUAUGGCAGUAUGAUUAAUGAUUAUGUUCGUAAAUAUGUAUACAUUUUUUCACCUUAUUGCAACGGAUUAAGAUGAAGAAAUGUAUACAUAUUUAUGAACUCUACUGUACCUAUAACACGGUCCUUUGGGAUGUCUACUUUCUACUAUUGUCAGGGUGGCCGUUGCACAAAGUCGAUGGCUCCGUUUUGCCAAAGAGAAUUUGAAAUAGAGGUAGAUUGUCAAUUUUGUAGCCACAGUAAAUUUACUGCCAUCUUUCGACACAUACACAUGUGUUGGAAGAUGGCAGUAAAUUUAUUGUGGCUACAAAGUUUUCUUUGACAAUCCACCUCUAUUUCAAAUGCUCUUUGGGUUUGCUCUUACUUGACAUUUUUAACGUGGACUUAUACGUCGCAAAAGACCGUGAAAAAGGCUAAUCAAAAGUAAAGGUUAGCGAGGAGUUUUAUGAAUCAGUAGCAUAACUAUUGUUUUGGGCACAAAAGCUUCGUAUUUUAUAUUAUUAUAGCACGUUUGACCAAUGGGAUUUCAGAUAUUUCCGCUGCCUUCCAGCGAUUUUUGUACGAAUCAAGUAUUAAUAUAAUCAAUUUAUUUUAAGUAGAACUUGUUUGUAAGUAUAUAAUUGUUACAGAUGUAAUGAGUACUGUUCCAUUUUUAUAGUAGACCCCGUUUUCUUUCACUGCAAUGUGACGAGUUUACAUGAGCAUUUAAUAAUUGCUAAAAAGAUCCUGUAGAUACAUUUAUUUAUAUCAUUUUUCUCGCUUUUGUAUAGUUUUCAUGGUCAAGAGAUGAAAAUUGGAUCUGAUAUGGGUCCAAAUGUAAGGAUGUAUAGUUUACCAUUUAAUAUGAUUUUUUAAGUAUGUAAAUGCAUUUCUUACCAAAUAACGAUCAUUCAUUAAGUUUUGAACUGAAGAGAAAGAUAAAAAUAAUAGUUGUAAAGUAACACUGUGAAUCAUUUCUGUGAUAUUUUAUGUUGAAUGUGAUGCUUAUUUAUUUUUCUGUUUUUUAUAAGUUUGACAUGAUUUUAUAUUCUAAUGGACUGGCUUUAUACAGACGCAUUUUUAUUUGUUAAUUAAUUUAUUUGUUACUAUACAGAUGGAUUAAUAGACGUGCGAAACCAUACAAGAAUUCGUGCCAACAAAAUCGUAGUUAAAUUAAAAACAGCGUGGACGAACUUUUUUCUCACCUAAACAGGUAAAUCUUAUGGAAACGGUGUCCGAAUACACUCACUGUUAAUUGACGAUUCGUAAACCUUAUUGCAAUACCAUAAGGUUUACAAAUGGAUAGUUAAGAGAGUUCCAGUUGGUACAUAAGCAGUGUCAUUGGCGCCAUCUAGUUAACUUCUACUUUGAUGUCACAAACUAUUUGUAUUUGCACGUCUAUAAGUUCUGUCGCCUGUAAUAUAAUAAAAACCUAAUCCAUUCAUAUAGAACACCAUAUACCUACUGUUAUGUAUCUCCAACAACAAUACUCGUAAAUAUUUUAUAGCAGUCAAUGAUAUUCAUGUGAACUAAAAUGUUACCUAUACCUAGUAUUUGCGAAGUCAGUUUUUAUAUAAAUGUAUUGUAUUUUUUGUACAUAAGGUAGUUAGAUGAAAUUAAUUAUGUGCAAUUAUUACCACCUUUACGGCGCAAUACCAAAGGUAUUUUAUGUUCUGUAACUGUUGUGUAAAAUAUUUGGAGUUAUUAAAUUAUAACAUCAUGAAUGAA